CCCGCCGGGCCCGGGGCGGAGCAGCGGCCUAGGGGCGGGAUCGGGCGCCGAGGGGAGAGCGGGGCCGGCGGACAGCGACCGCCCGCACCGCGCCGAGCCGGGCCGCGCUGCGCCGAAACGAACCGAGGCGGGCCGGGACCGGGACCGGGACCGGGACCGGGACCGGGACGGGGCCGGGACGAGGCCGGCUGCGGGAGGAGGCAGCGGCGGGGAGCGGGGCUCGGGCUGGCCGCCCGCCGGCUGCGCCCCGGCCGAGCGUGCGGUGAGCCCCCAGCCCCCGGCCCCCGGCCAGCCGCAGCCCGCAGCCCCCAGCCCGCAGCCCCCGGCCCCAGCCCGCCGCCCCCAGCCCCAGCCCGGCCGCCCGGGCGCGCGUCGCAUGGUGCGGGGAUACCCGGUGCCGAUAAUAAAUGAUAGAGGAUACAAUGACUUUGCUGUCUCUGCUGGGUCGGAUCAUGCGUUACUUCUUGCUCAGACCGGAGACCCUGUUCUUGCUGUGCAUCAGCCUGGCCCUGUGGAGUUAUUUCUUCCACACGGAUGAGGUGAAAACCAUCGUGAAGUCCAGCAGGGAUGCGGUGAAGAUGGUGAAGGGCAAGGUGGCCGAGAUCAUGCAGAAUGACAGGCUCGGGGGGCUAGACGUGCUGGAUGCAGAGUUCUCCAAGACCUGGGAGUUCAAGAGCCACAACGUGGCUGUCUACUCCAUCCAAGGCCGGAGGGAUCACAUGGAGGACAGGUUCGAAGUAAUCACCGACCUGGUGAACAAGACUCACCCCUCCAUCUUCGGGAUAUUUGAUGGGCACGGAGGAGAGUCAGCAGCAGAAUACGUGAAGUCCCGGCUGCCUGAAGUCCUAAAGCAACAUCUUCAAGACUAUGAGAAGGACAAGGAGAACAGCGUGCUGUCUUACCAAACCAUCCUGGAACAGCAGAUUUUAUCAAUUGAUCGAGAAAUGCUGGAAAAACUGACUGUAUCCUAUGACGAAGCAGGUACGACUUGUUUGAUCGCGCUGCUGUCAGAUAAAGAACUCACGGUGGCCAACGUCGGCGACUCGCGGGGAGUGCUGUGUGACAAGGACGGGAACGCCAUCCCCUUGUCCCACGACCACAAGCCCUACCAGCUGAAAGAGAGGAAGAGGAUUAAAAGAGCUGGUGGAUUCAUCAGCUUUAACGGCUCCUGGCGUGUUCAGGGGAUCCUGGCCAUGUCCCGCUCGUUGGGGGAUUACCCUCUGAAGAACCUGAAUGUUGUCAUUCCUGACCCCGACAUUCUCACCUUUGACCUGGACAAACUGCAGCCAGAGUUCAUGAUCCUGGCAUCCGACGGUCUGUGGGAUGCUUUCAGCAACGAGGAGGCUGUCCGAUUCAUCAAGGAACGCUUGGAUGAACCACACUUUGGUGCCAAGAGUAUAGUUCUACAGUCCUUUUACAGAGGAUGCCCUGAUAAUAUAACAGUGAUGGUGGUGAAGUUCAGGAAUAGCAGCAAAACAGAAGAACAAUAAUUACCAGUGGUUCUCUGCCUCACGCUGAACUUAAAACAAACUCUUACAUUUUAAACAUAGUCGAAGGCUCUAGUAAAUACCAUUAAGAUUCUCCACAAAAAGAACAGAUCCCUCUGGUCUUUGUUCUUUGCUUAACAGAAGGAGCAAUACAACAAACACAUUUUGAGUGAUUAUAAGAAUUAAGUUCGUUCACACGUAUCUGUCUCCCGUGACCUUGCUGCUCCUUAGAAGCUAACUGUAAUCUUCCAUUUCAGAAUUUUCUUUAAAAAUCCUGCGUAUGCUUUUCACUUGAUUUUUUACCUCUCAUUUCUAAUAGAGGUUUGUUGAGAUGCACAGCGGGGCAGGGCAGCGCUGCUGCUAAUAGCAGGUGGUAGGAGUGAUGGUGCUUUUCACUUGUAGGUGUGACUUUUCAGAACGAUGCUCUAAUGUGUCUCAUCUCUUUUCUUUUUAAUCUGCAGUGAUAAGGAUGUGUUGGAGGAGGUCUGUGAUUGUCGGGCUGUUACUGGUACAAGGAGGACGAGGAGCCAGCUGUCACCCGCUGUCACACAGCUGGCUCGCGCUUUGCUCCCCCUCCCACCCCCCAUUAAAUAAACCCCUGCCGAGCACGUGGUUAGGUGUAGGUACUGAGCUACCCGAAGACACAUGCUUGUUCAGUCCGUGCGUUGCUUUACUAGCAUUUCUUCUAUGCCACGUUGUUAAAGUCCAGCAGGAUACUGGCGGUCUGAGGUCUGUCACCUUCUCUAUCAAAAAGAAAAAAAAAAAAGCUCUGUUGUGCUAGCAGCAUGACUGUCAUUCGCUGAGACUCACCUUUUUGUUAUUUUUUUCACAUGGACUUUUCAUAGGCAUGUAAGAAAACAAUGCAAGAUAAAAUUCAUUUCAUUAGUGACUGUUCGGAGAACUAAUCAAAGCAGAAGUUCCUUAGAGCUACCUAGGUGGAAGUCACGCCUCUUAAAGACUUCUUUGUAGCACCGCAGAUUAAUUUGUGGUUUUAAUCUGGGGGAAGGCCUCCUUAGAACGUUUUUUUGGUAUAAUGUAUUAAUGCCUAACAGUGUCAUCGCACUGUUGAGAUGAAAGUUUGUGAUAAAUCUAGAUAAAAUAUUUUUAGAUCUAACUUUCACUAUUUAACUGUAUUUUGGAAUCUGUGACUGUUGUAAGUUUAAGCAAUGGCAUUCUAAGUGUGCCAUCUGGUAACUUAGUUGGCUGCUUCAUGAGCAAGUGGCAGCAGUGGCAGCAUGACAGGGCAGCACGCGUCAGGGGAACAGAGCCGGGGCCCGAGUCGGAUGUUAGUGUUUUGGGUGGCUUGCGUACCUGUAUCAUGUCCCCUGGGACUCCUCCCUCCCUUCGGAACGUGCUCCUGGAUGAUCCGCUGGCGUCUCUUGUCUUGGAGGUAGUGGAAGUUCUCCAUACUUGGUCCCUGGGCUGAACCAGGGCCAUCGGCUGUAAUUAUAGAGUGACUAACACUGUCUGCUUCUUGGGUGAGGAUACAAGAGUAAUUAGACAAAAAGCUAUCGCCCUAAAGCAUGUUCUGGGAAAGUGGCUUGCAGGGCUCUAAAACGCUGUGAUCUGUUGUGGCUGUGUUAGCAGGUAGGAUGUCUCUCAAGACAAAGAUGAGAGCACAAAUUCUGCUUUCUGUGCAGGAAGGAAUUCCCAUCUUGGUCUUUUCAUUUUUAUUCCUAGGUUAGCUCUUUCCUACCAAACUUCCAUUCUUGAGUUUGUUUGGAGCUAAUCACAAUUUUUAGCUGGAUAUGUUGCUAUUGCCAGUGCUCUCCAAAUUGUACACAUGGCCUUGACCAUCUCGGUCAAAGCUGUGAGUAGAGCCCCUUGGCUCCGAGUAGAGGACAAAGCGUGCUAGUGAGACACAGAAGGACGGAAGUGUCCAGCGUGCUCUGAAACCAGCCUGAGCAGCCCUUCCCCAGAGGAUGGAAGGUUUCAGGCGUUCUUAAACACUCGAACAGGAAGAACAGCUUUCAGGGAAUUUUAAAUGCAAGUUUGCAUUUAAAUUGAGUGGGUAACAGAAAAUGCUCGUAAUCGCAGGGUACCUCAGUUGUUUUAUUUUGACGAAGUACUCGGGGUCAAAUGCUGUGCAAGGAAAACCUUGUGUGAUAUUUUCAAGGGAGUGCUUAAUCACAUCAUAAUGCUACAGCAGCAGGAUCGAAACCGGGCUCUAGGCAGAGCUCAUGGUGCAUGGAGCAUUUGCCUUUCCUUUCUCCUUCACAGGUGAUGGUUCUGUUGUGCUGGCUUUUCUGUGUAGAACAGAGACUGGAUGUUUGUCAGAACAGCUGUCCAGAGAAAAGAAGAAUUGGACCUAGCAGUCCACGGAAGUCUAAAGCAGAGCGGCUUGUGCAGCAGUGACAGAGCUACCAAUCCUUCACGGGCAUUUGAGAAGUUGCAAGCGGAACAAUGGGCAGCUCCAAAAAGAAAUUUGUAGACUACCACCACUUCAGUGAGAAGCUUAUGGCUGCCAGGAAACCUCUCUGCAGCGCACGUUCUUGAGGCUAGCAAGCAUUGCUGAGGAAUUCCAGACCUCUUGAGCACGGCUGGCUUUCUGGGUGCUCUAGCACUUGAGAUAGCUGGGAAAUGAGGUGGCGGGAAAUGCGUGCCUUCACAGAGUCCCGUAGCUGCCAUAGGAAGCUCUGGGAGGGAGUAAAGCAAGCUCUCACAUGGCUUGCUUGAAGGAUUUAAGAAAACUCGCAGCACAAUACAGAAGUGUCCUGCAGGCUUGCUUGGAUAUUUAUGCCAGGAUUCACUCACACACGUGGCUGCCCCGUCAGCUACUGAAUCGGCUCCAUCUCACCCUUUCAGCGUUUGCAGUUACAGCAGUGGUUGCUCCAGCCCCUUCAGCUGUCUCCGUAACACUCCCGCCCUUGUAGCAGCUCCCUUCCUGGCCACAGGUGUUAAGGCAGGGACCUCUGGUAAGGCUGUUGGCGUUUGUUGUUUUGUCUUGGUUUGGUUUACUUUUAAAAAACUGGUAACAGCUGCUUUAGGUUUAGAGAUGAAGGACUAGUGGAGAUGGAGGCUUCGUGCAGUCUUCCUCGUCCAGGCGCGGUGCCUGCCCACGUUCCCUGCCAGACGUCUCCUCAGUUUGCUAACCCAGCUGUAGCUCUCUGCAGCUUUCCGGUCGUGCCGAUUUGUGCCAAAUUCUGCUGUGAUACAUGCAGCUAGCUGCUGGAUGGCCAGAUUAAGUAAUGUACAUAUUGCUUACACAGCCUAAAAGAUCUAGGGCCUGAUUCUCCUGCCUUAAUCAUACAUCCUGUAUCUGGAAGGAGCUCCCAGCCACGUAGCCAGAACCGUCCCCGCGUGUGCCAGAGCCGUGCAGCAGGACGUGGCACGGCAGCAGGACGUGGCACAGCAUCGUGGCGGCACGACCACCCCCCGCCACCCCGGCUGCUGCCCAAAGAAGGGGCCGGGGCGCGCUUUGGUUAGAGCAGCCCGCAGACAUCGCAGAGCUCCCUCCUUGCCUUAGGUGUUCGUGGACGUUUUUUGUCAGUUAAGCUCCAUCAGCGACAUCUCUUCGUCAGGCAAGAGCAUCUACUGGCAGGCAGCUGCUGUAUUAAGUUGCUGCCAAAGAGCAUCUUUUGUACGGCCCAAUAUGAAAAGGGUACCUGUAAUCAGCCAUCCUAUCCAUACGUAAGUAAUUCAGGCUCUUCCCAGCGCUACUACAAACUAGCAGUUUGAUCCUGUGGUAUAUUCUAGAGACGCUGCCGCUCAGGGGACCGUUACACACUGGCACGGUUUCAGACAGGCUGCUCACCGUGCCAUCGUCACCCGGCUGCGCCCUCGCCGUUUGCGGCUCCUUGUGCACCGCGGGAGGCCCAGGGCCGGGGCCGUGGGUGCGGGGUGGUCUCACAGCUCCGCCUCGUGGUCGGCCCGGGCACGCGGCCCAGGCAGGGACGAGCUCCCAGCCGCGCUGCGGGCACACGCGUACGGGAUGAUGUGAUUUAAGGCUCCUCGUGCACGCUCCCCGGCAGGCGAACGCAGGCCCAUUCUCUCAGGCUGCCCCGCCGCGCCGCCAGAGCAGCACAGGCAGGGCUCAGCAUCACAGACAGGCCGGUGCUACGACGGUGCCUGAAACAGUUUGGCAGAGCAGCAUCGCGCCCUGCAGCCCCUGCCAACUUACCCCGUGUGGGUACCCUCACGACACCGGUGGCCGUGUUGCCAGCGUUUGUCUGCGGGCUCCAAACGUCUGCCGGAGUGCAGCUCGCUCAGACAGCACCCAGGCUUGGAGGGCUCCAGAACUCAUCGCUAGUCCCGCGUGAAACGCGUGCCGCUGCUUUUGGUGGGCACCCGGUGCUGGUGGCAGGGCAGGGCCAUCCUGCCUCGGGGGACGGAUGGUCACAGAUAACGUUCUGGGGGCUGCAGCAGCACUGGAGGCCUAGCAUUUCUACCAGUACUAAAUCUGAAACGAAUGAAUCCAUUUUACUGAUCAGUGUUUAGAUAAAUACAAAUAAAGUAAAUGCCGUCUAACAUAAUGAAGAAUCGUCUACUGACUUGUAAACAUAAGGUCAGCAUCAAAACUACUGCUAGUGUUAUUACAGUGUUAUACCAUUUACGCGUGGUAAAAUUUAAAAAGUUGUGAAGAUUUUAGGAUACAGAAAUUAGUACAAGAACACUGCAUCAGCUUGAACUAACAGUGUUUGCUACAUCACCACUAAUGCUGAAUCUUGAAAAAAAGGUUUUGUUCAGCUGCUUCUCAGAAUAGAUGACAUUCUGGCUUUAUAUAGUAUUAAUAUAUUGCAAAAGUAUGCAGAGAAACAUUUAGUAAAUGAUUAUAUCAAAGGAAAAAGCCACAACUCAUCAGCCUUUCAUUUUCUAAAGUAGUUUGUUCGGCCUCCAUCCUGAGAUCCGGCUGUACAGAACUGCAUGAUUAAGAAAACUAGAACAUGCUGCUCAAGUGUGACAGCUGUACGGACCAGAGCUGCUGCCCCUCAGCGUUAUCAAUAUGCUUAUAACUUAAUCUUUCUAAAUCUGAGGGCUCAUAGCUAAUAAGACAUAUACAGUUAAGCUAAUAUUGAUUUGAAUUUUGAAUUACUUGUAUUUAUGUAGUACUGACAGGCUCAGGUAAGCAGCUGUUUUAAAUACCGGUUUCCCCCAGGUAGCCAGGGGUCCCAGGUUUCAGUUUGUCCCCAGUUACACGUAACAUUGCAGACUUACUUUGCUCUGUUGAGCAAAGCGUGUGCAAUCAGAGCAGCUGGAGCUUGUCUAAAACCAUAAAUAGAGAGGCUGACAUCAAGAGUCUGGACUAAAGUUUUGAAAUCCACUUUUAUGAGUGUGUCAGUUCCUAUAUCUGGCAUUAAGGACAAACUGAGGUGGUUGAGCAAUAGGGAAAUAAAGCUCUUUCCUCCUGCAUUUAAAGGACCAGCCCUGUGUUCUUUUAAGCCUGUGCAGACCCAUUAGUACCUCUUGGGACACAGGCGCUCAGAAAUCUUUUUCAGCCUGUAUACAGCAAAGCUAAAUAAGUAAUCAAUGAUAACGCCUUAGAAAUACGGGACUGAGAAACCUUGCUCUCUGCCCAUGCCUACACUGUGUUCAGGGGCGUGAGGGUAAUGCAGACAAAAGUGUACUUUAACUGCGUGUGCUUUAAGCUUGGUAAUUACGAGAACAGUCACGAAGCCAAGCUGUGUGUCAAAUACCUGCUCAGCACCCCCAGCAAGCAAGGCUGUGCCUGUGCCACCACGCUUCCAGGCCCCCCUGACAGUCAGUAGGCCAAAAGCAGCAUGAGUUUGCUCCUGUGCCUCUGCCCGUGCGCUCACUUGGCUUCAUCUGCCGAUGAAAUCAGACUUUCACACCAGAACUGCCAGAGUCCCCAUGUGAUUUUUAAACUUUGUCCUUCGGGUAGAGUUGCUUUUGGAAAAAGUUCUUUGGAGUUAGUUCCACUCUGUACUGAGCCAUUACACUGCUCCUUGAUAAACUGUUUCUUGCAGUGGUUAGCAAAUACUGGAUUUACAAAUGACGUCCAUUUUUGUACAUUUCAAAUCCGCCUGCCUUUAACAUGUCAAACUGUAACAAUCAUGCUAGCCUUAAGGACAAAGCUAACAGGGGCAGGGGCUGCAAGAACAACUUUAAAGCCGUAUCGCACGCGUAUUACACUGAGUGCCUGCAAAACCACUUCUACCCAAGGCAUUUGGAAGUGCUCUCAAAAAAAAAUGACCAAGGAAAAAUCAUUAUCUCAUUAUGAAAAUGAACUGCACAGUGGGGGCUCUGUACGGGUAGCGCAGAUGUUUAUUGGAGAACAGCCUACACAACACACAAGAUAAAACCACCACGUUUAAGCAAUUUGUCCUGCUGAAAGACAGCUUCCAUUUAGCACAAUGUCGCUGUAUUCUCUUAGAUAAAAGCCUCUUCAGGCUUCUGUUUUAACAUUUUUUCUCGCAAAGACACGUGUUUUUGAGAUUGCAUCUUUACUGCAAGCUCAGGAGAGGCUACGCUUCCCUCUUACUUGAAGGACCACCACACAGCACUACCGAGAGGAGCACUGAGGACAAGGGCUGUGUCACCCCAGGUCAGAGAGCAGAUUGGGAUGCUUAUGACAUCUACGCACCAUCGUCACUCGCACUAUAUAAAACCUCAUUCGGGUCAUUUGGAUUAAUGUGGCCUGGAAAAUGAACGUGCUGCGUAGCAACUGUGGGAAGGCCGGAGGUAAACAGUGCUGAGACACAGACCCGCUCAGGAGAGGUCGCCUGGGGUGAGCGCUGUGUUCUUAAAUGCUUAUUUUAUAACAAGAAAAUUAAGUUCAGUCCCAUAAGUGCAGGUGAGACAAACUGCCCUACAAAAGAUAGAAUGUUUCCUCGUACGAGUUGCAGGUGGACAGGGCCUUUAGCUAAGACUCACGGAACAGCAGUGUCUCAGACAGACUGUGCUUUAAGUCCUGUGAAAGAAAGCGUCUUUAUGAUUUUCAGAAACCCAAUAUAUUUUUUCUGUUUGUUUUUCCCAAGUUGAGGUUUCUUUAAAAUGAGGACUCAAUUGCACGUAACGGGCAAAUAAACCAUCUGCCGUGCUCCAUUUUAACUCUGUUUGCUUUCCUUCCUACAUGGAGCCCUUUCAUUCAGCUCUGGCUUACAGCUUAAUGUGCAACACCCAGUAACUGUAUUACAACUUGACCAGCUUAACAGUCAGACUGCAGAAAGCUUUCCAUCUCUUUCCCCAACCCCCCUACUGUAAGCAAAUCGCAGCAAACUUAAUAAAUGACCAAAGCGGUACACACUGGUCAGACAAAAAUAGAUGAAAAAUAGGGAGUAGAGCUCUGCCUCCCCACCGCCUUCACCAUCGCUAACAUACCCAUACCUGGUAGGCGCAUCAGCAAUUCGGUGUCACUUUGGUCGGUUAACCUUCAAGCAGCUUCUAGUUUAAUUUUUUUUUAAAUAUGAUGAAAUUACAUCAUUUACUGUACAUCCGUUUGUGAGUUACUUACCGCUUGCACGGACAUCUUUUAGUACUAACUAGAGAGCGUACCAUAAAACUUAGGAAGAUGUGCCCACCUGUCUGUGCUCUCACACUGAGCUGGUUGUAGAGAAUAACGCCUCCGAAUUUGCAGCACACACUUCGUGGCUUAUACUGAACUUGUUUAUUCUAAAACGCACACAACACACAGAAGCAUUUUGACUUGGGAACUCUCUGAAACAACGUACGGGCAAUACCGGCUUGAAAUGUCAGACCGUAAACCUUUUGCUGUUCACCCUGAAGUAGUUCCCAAACAUCUUUGACCAAUGGAUUAUCAGGCUUUUCAAAACAGAAAGCCUGACACUCUUCAUAUCAACAUCGUAACUGCUUGGCAUUUUAUGUUAAUAUGGCUUUCUGAGCCACCUGCGUGCACGGUAAAAAGAAUAUUAGGAUUUGGAAAAAUCUUAGCCUGUGGUUUAUGCAUCAUUUUCAGUAAGCAGAUGCUAUAAAAUUUGGGCCCACCACUGAUUUAAAUGCUUGUAUUAGUUCCCAGUGUUAAGCUCUUUUACCUGUUGCAUGGCUGCUCACACUAGAAACUCUCCCGAUGCUUGCUUUAAGCAGAAACAUGAGCUUAGUUGUGUGUUUUUCCAGCCUUCUAAGCAAUAAUAAGGUCAGACUCAAAUACAAACUAGAUUUGGAAAUGCGUUUCAGAAAAAAAAAAAAAAGCAGAAUCGGGAAUACUUUGCAGUGCAACUUUCUUGCAGAACUGAUGUUCCCUUUAAAUGACAAUUUCAGGUGGCAUAAACAGAUCACUGUGUGAUAAAGCCGCGUUUGUGAAAGCAAAAGCCUUGUAAUCUAUGAUCAGCAUUAUCAUCCUGGGGUGCAAAUAUAAAACUACCUUGCUUGGUGACGGUCACAGUUUUACUGCAGCACUGCACAGCCAUUUAUCGCGGGUACUGGGUUUUAUUCUCUCACCAGGAGCACUGUCUGCUUUAUCUACCCAGUUGCUGAAGAUUGCAUAGUCUUUCAUAACCACAUUUUUUUGAAAAAGCAAUACAAACUAUGCUGUAGUAUCAGUGUUCUUGUGACAAACAAUUUAUUUCUAAACAUUUUACCUGGCAGGCUUAAAAAAAAAAUGCUUUUUUUUUUUAUUUAGGGGUAUAAACAAUCAAAGAGCAAGUUAACCAUUUCUCACAGAGCUCUCAGGAUCUGACCACAGUUCUACAACAAUCAAAUAACGGAUCCUAAAACAAUAGGAAUAGCUGUAGUUUUACCUCUGUUUCGGGAGCUACAAUAGCAUUCUUUCCUCAGUUAUGCAAUGCAGUGUCUUUAGCUAUUUGGUUUAACAAAAAUAUAUAUGUAUUUUUGAAAAGCUUUGACCCUCUUAGCAUACAUUCUUAGAACACUGAAAUCUGAAAUACUUGUCUAGGCAGUAUUUUCCCCAAUACAUCAUUUUUAUAUAUAUAAAAAAAAAAGUCCUAUACUUCCGUCAUAAAACUAUGUACAGUUAUUGAAAAGACAGCAGAAUUCAAUACUGACCAUAACCACAACGUAACAAAAACAUUGGUGAAACCUCAGUCUUGGUACCAGAGGCUUCUGUACCUCUUCUAAUUUGUCUCUAAGAGACUAUCUGAAAGACAGCCAAAUGUAAAUAUGUCAUAACACGUUAGCUAUAGUACAAAUAAAGUGGCAGUGCUCUGUCAUUCUAGAUGUACAGGAUGUAACUAUAGUCUCCGCUGUGUAGUAGAUGUGUCUAGAAUAAUUAUGUUAAUGUAAUUGCAAAUUCUGUAUUGUUGUCUAUUAGAAGUGUAAACUACUGAAACCUUGGUCUUGCCGAUAUGAAUAAAGUGAUUAGAAUACCCAUCUUUA